AUGACCACUCAAAGCGCCAUUAUCGUACAAGGACCUGGCCGCGCGACGAUAGCAGAAGAUGUGCUGCUCCCUGAGUUGCCGGAUGAGUACAUUCUCGUCAAAACAAAAGCUGUCGCUUUGAAUCCAACAGACUGGCGUCAUAUUGAUUUUGUACCCUGUACCGGAGCCACCGUGGGCUGUGACUAUUCUGGAAUAGUAGAAGCCGUGGGACCGAGUGUCAAGAAGGCUUUCAAAAAAGGCGAUCGCGUUGCUGGGUUUGUACACGGCAGCAAUGCCGUUCGCCACAAUGGCGGCGCGUUUGCUCAGUAUGUAAUUGCGAAGGGUGACCUUCAAAUCUUGAUACCCGAGUCCAUGAGCUUUGAGGCAGCAGCCACUUUUGGUGUUGGUUUGACAACUGUUGGUCAAAAUCUCUACCAGAGCAUGGAAUUGCCUUUUCCUGGCGACCAGGCGAACGACUCAGACGACAUAAAUAUCCUAGUUUAUGGAGGGGCAACGGCGACAGGUACCCUUGCAAUCCAAUUGGCAAAAUUAUCUGGAUUACGAGUGGUCACAACUUGCUCUGAAGCCAACCGCAGUUUUAUGUUUGAACUUGGGGCUGACGCGGUUUUUGAUUACCACGAUCCACUAGUGGGUGAGCAGAUCCGAGAGGAUACUGAUGAUGCUCUGGAGUUUGUUCUUGAUACAAUCUCUACGCCCCAAUCAGCUGCCAUUUGCAGUGCUGCCAUUUCGUCCGCAGGCGGUUCCUAUAAUGCCCUGCUGGAUGUGCCAUCAGCGAGAGAUGACGUUGAUUCACACGUCUCGAUGGCAUACGAUGUCCUGGGAGAACCGUACCGCAUGGGAACGAACGAGAUAUCUCCUGAUAGUACUAACUUCGAAUUCGGCAUCAAAUGGUGGGAAUUAGCGCAGAAACUACUUCAGGAGCGUCGCAUCCAUCCUCAUCCAUACCAGGUGAAGCCAGGCGGCUUAGCUGGAGCGUUGGCCGGUCUUCAGAUAUUACGGGAAGGUAAAGUCCGAGCCUCCAAACUAGUCUAUCGGGUUGAUGAAUCCGAGUAA